AAAAGCCAUAUCAAACCUACCUCAACGCCAGGACAAACCGAGAACAAACCAGCCUGGCUCAACUCGAUUCGAUCCAACCCACACGACAGCCCACCGUCCCAUAAUCAGCACUCGUAACCAUCAUAAUAUCCCGCGGAGCCAACGCAGCCAAACACCUUCCCCCGACAAUGUCCAUUGCAAUUCGCCCCAUAUUACAAAACACCUGCCGCACACUCGUGCUCUUCCCACGGGCACGAGCAAACUCCACUUCCGCGGCGGCGGCGAAGACACACGGUGGUGGCGCCGCCGGCGGUGGGGAGCAUAAGGUUCUCGAUCCGGAGUUUGUCAAUUCCCCGUUGUCAACGCUACCUGCGGCGCUAGAGUUGCCGCAGAAGGCUCCGGGAGACUCGACGUUCCCAUACCUGAUCAAGACGGGGAAGGCUUAUCUAGGUUUUUACAAAAGCGGGUUGAAAAACGUGUACAAGAACUUCAUCGCUACGCGCCCGAUCCAGAGUCGGAUUGAUGAGAAGGGGAGUAUCACGGACCUGGUUGGGGCCGGGGGAAUCACUCGGAGGGAGUUUCAAUUGGUUAUGCGCAGCCGCCAUGACUCCCGUCGGAUCCCCAUAUUCGGCCUGGUUUUCAUAAUCUUCGGCGAAAUGUCCCCGUUUGUGCUACCAUUCAUCUCCGGCAUCGUACCUUUCAAUUGCCGAAUCCCACGACAGAUACAUCGCGACAGAACAAAGCUAGAGGAGCGCCGGGCUGCGACGUUCCGGAACUUGCCCAGAGGUCGCGAUCUUCUAGAGUUGGCACGGGAGAAGAGGAGUGUUAGGGACCUCACGUCUAAUGAAGUCCUGCACUGCUCUACGGUGCUGGGCCUGCACUCCGGGAAGUGGCCGUCAGUGCUGUACCCGUUCUUGCCACCAAUGAUGUGGUUGAGGUUUAAGUUGUGGAGGAGACUGAUGUACUUGGAGCUGGACGAUACACUCCUUGCCAGGGGCGGUGGGCCGGGGAUGUUGGACAGUGGGGAGGAAUUGAAGAUGGCGGCGGUGGAUAGAGGGUUCGACACUUUACAAAAAACCGAAACCCGCCUUCGAGAGGAACUGAAACUCUGGCUUAAAGCUAAAGAAACCGCUGGAGGAAUGACACCAGCUUUAUGGCUAACAAGACCGAUCGAAUGGCGUAAUUCCUUCCCCCCAUCCACAUCUUCACCCCCCCCCUCAUCAACAACCCCACCACCACCGCGCACUCCAACACCCAGAAAACAGCAAUAAGCAAACACCUCUCCCAGAGAAGAAAGCCCCAAAUGUUAAAUAGAACAAAACUUAGAACAACUCUCCACUAAGAAA